GGUCUCUAUGGCGGCGGAGGCAGGAGAAGCUGUUGGGUCGGACGAAUUAGUCGCUAAAGGUGCCAAUGAGAACGCAGGAGCCGCGGAGCGUAAGCCAAUAGGCGCUAGAGACCCGGUCAGGUGGUGAGAUGGACAACGAUGCUGGCCAAUAAGAGAGGACGAGGGCGGGUCUAUCGCGGGGCUUAUCCCGCCCGUCCCGCCAUUCUCGCUAGUUCGAUCGGUAGCGGGAGCGGAGAGCGGACCCCAGAGAGCCCUGAGAGCCCCACCGCCGCCGCCGGCCUAGUCACCAUCACACCCGGGAGGAGCCGCAGCCGUCGCCGCCGGCCCCAGUCACCAUCACCGCAACCAUGAGCAGCGAGGCCGAGACCCAGCAGCCGCCCGCCGCCCCCGCCGCCGCCCUCAGCGCCGCCGACACCAAGCCCGGCUCCACGGGCAGCGGCGCGGGUAGUGGCGGCCCGGGCGGCCUCACAUCGGCGGCGCCCGCCGGCGGGGACAAGAAGGUCAUCGCAACGAAGGUUUUGGGAACAGUAAAAUGGUUCAAUGUAAGGAACGGAUACGGUUUCAUCAACAGGAAUGACACCAAGGAAGACGUAUUUGUACACCAGACUGCCAUAAAGAAGAAUAACCCCAGGAAGUACCUUCGCAGUGUAGGAGAUGGAGAGACUGUGGAGUUUGAUGUUGUUGAAGGAGAAAAGGGUGCGGAGGCAGCAAAUGUUACAGGCCCUGGUGGAGUUCCAGUUCAAGGCAGUAAAUACGCAGCAGACCGUAACCAUUAUAGACGCUAUCCACGCCGUAGGGGUCCUCCACGCAAUUACCAGCAAAAUUACCAGAAUAGUGAGAGUGGGGAAAAGAACGAGGGAUCAGAAAGCGCUCCUGAAGGCCAGACCCAACAACGCCGGCCCUAUCGCAGGCGAAGGUUCCCACCUUACUACAUGCGGAGACCCUAUGCGCGUCGACCACAGUAUUCCAACCCCCCUGUGCAAGGAGAAGUGAUGGAGGGUGCUGACAACCAAGGUGCAGGAGAGCAAGGUAGACCAGUGAGACAGAAUAUGUAUCGGGGUUACAGACCACGAUUCCGCAGGGGCCCUCCUCGCCAAAGACAACCUAGGGAGGAUGGCAAUGAAGAGGACAAAGAAAAUCAAGGAGAUGAGACCCAAGGUCAGCAGCCACCUCAACGUCGGUAUCGCCGCAACUUCAAUUACCGACGCAGACGCCCAGAGAACCCUAAACCACAAGAUGGCAAAGAGACAAAAGCAGCCGAUCCACCAGCUGAGAAUUCGUCCGCUCCCGAGGCUGAGCAGGGCGGGGCUGAGUAAAUGCCGGCUUACCAUCUCUACCAUCAUCCGGUUUGGUCAUCCAACAAGAAGAAAUGAAUAUGAAAUUCCAGCAAUAAGAAAUGAACAAAGAUUGGAGCUGAAGACCUUAAGUGCUUGCUUUUUGCCCGUUGACCAGAUAACAUUAGAACUAUCUGCAUUAUCUAUGCAGCAUGGGGUUUUUAUUAUUUUUACCUAAAGAUGUCUCUUUUUGGUAAUGACAAACGUGUUUUUUAAGAAAAAAAAAAAGGCCUGGUUUUUCUCAAUACACCUUUAAUGGUUUUUAAAUUGUUUCAUAUCUGGUCAAGUUGAGAUUUUUAAGAACUUCAUUUUUAAUUUGUAAUAAAGUUUACAACUUGAUUUUUUCAAAAAAGUCAACAAACUGCAAGCACCUGUUAAUAAAGGUCUUAAAUAAUAAUGUC